UGUAGCUGUGGACUCGGCUCUCUCUGACUGCUGUGGCCCCUGGAAGCCGACAUGGGCCCCUCCGCGAGCUGCAGGCUCUCCGUCUGCGCGGCCCUCGCCUUGCUCCAGGUCAUCGCCGUCAGCUGCCAGGACCGGGCCAGCAACGGCAAUGGGACAGCGAGCUGCAGCGUGGACGGCGAGCUGCACCUCCACAACGCCGUGUGGAAGCCGGAGCCGUGCCGCGUGUGCGUGUGCGACGACGGCGUGUCGCUGUGCGAGGAGGUCGUGUGUCCCGUCCUCUCGCACUGCGAGAACGCGCACACACACACCCCGGACGGGGAGUGCUGCCCCGUGUGCGACACCUUCGCCAGCGCCAGCAGGGCCGUCGCUAUGAUGAGCUUCCAGGGACAGAAAGGUGAACCAGGAGACGUCCCACACAUCGUGGGUCUUCCAGGACCGUCGGGACCGGCGGGGCCUCCGGGAGCGCAGGGCCACAGGGGACCCAGAGGAUUCAAAGGCAGACGGGGCUUCCAAGGACCUCCGGGCUUCGAUGGCGAGCCUGGUAUUCCGGGAAAUCCAGGACAGGCCGGACCCCCAGGACACCCAUCCCUUCCCGGGGGGAACCUGGUGGCUCAGAUGGCGUCGGGCUUCGGCGAGAAGUCCGGUCUGGCCGGCAUGGUGUCUCAGACCCGGGGCGAAGCGGGACCUCGAGGACCUCCGGGAUCUCCCGGACCACAGGGUCCGCACGGCGGCCAGGGGAUCCCCGGAGAGGCCGGAGAGCCCGGACUGAUGGGCGAGCCGGGUCACCGGGGUCCAGACGGACCGGCAGGGAAGAACGGGCCUGACGGGCUACCCGGACCGUCAGGAGCGACGGGGGAGCCAGGAUUUCCCGGAUCGGCGGGCGCCCGAGGAUUCCCCGGACUCCCGGGUCAUCCUGGACUCAAAGGACACAAGGGACACGCUGGACCGACGGGAUCGAGAGGCGAGCCGGGACCAGCCGGGGGGAAGGGUAAAUCCGGCGCCUCCGGUGUGAUGGGCGCUCCUGGUCCGCUGGGUCCGCCCGGCCUGCAGGGAGAGCGAGGCCGCCUGGGAGCGACCGGUCCUGCGGGGAAACGAGGGACGCCCGGAGACGUCGGCAAACCGGGACCUGUGGGUCCUCUGGGAAUUCCCGGAGUUCCAGGAUUCCCCGGGAGUCCGGGCAUGAAGGGGGAGGCGGGGCCGACGGGGGUCCGGGGGAGUCCGGGGCCACAGGGGGCCAGAGGAGACGCCGGACAUGUGGGACCUCCGGGGAAGACCGGGCAGCAGGGGGCAGAGGGGCCUGAUGGAGCUCCAGGAAGUCGAGGACAGGCGGGGCUCGCGGGGAUCCAGGGGCCCCCCGGGCAGACGGGUCAGCCGGGACCCCCUGGUCCCCAGGGAACCACCGGAGCACAGGGAGCCAAAGGCCAAGUGGGAGAAGAAGGAGUUCCUGGAUUCAAAGGAGAGGCUGGACUGAAGGGAGAGCGAGGGGACCACGGCAUUCCGGGUCCGCUGGGUCCGAUCGGAGAGGAGGGGAAGAGGGGACCCCGGGGCGACGCCGGGUCCACGGGGAACCCAGGGCCGCAGGGAGAGACGGGAGCUCCAGGAAACCGAGGUUUCCCUGGCGCUGAUGGAUUACCUGGACAGAAGGGAGCUCAGGGUGAGAGAGGGCUGCCCGGGUCAGCUGGAGCCAAGGGCUUAGAGGGAGACCCAGGACGGGCCGGAGAGCCAGGCCUCACAGGAGCUCGGGGUCUCACGGGACUGAUCGGCGCCCAGGGUCCAGAGGGGAAGCCGGGACCGAUGGGCUCGGCGGGAGACGACGGCAAGCAGGGUUCGGCCGGAUCGACGGGCUCCAGGGGCCCCGCGGGCUCCAUGGGUCUGCCGGGGCCCAAGGGCUUCACUGGGGACGCUGGGAAGAUGGGGGAGGCGGGCAGCGGAGGAGCUCCCGGUCCGAGGGGAGCCAACGGGAAGGACGGCGAGGCGGGAGCCGCUGGGCCGGCCGGACCUCCUGGUCCCGCUGGUAAAAGAGGAGAGCAGGGGCCUCAGGGAGUGAACGGUUUCCAGGGACUGCCUGGAACCCAAGGCCCGCCUGGAGAGUCGGGGAAACCGGGAGCUGAGGGUCUCGCGGGAGAAGUCGGCGCUAACGGAGCCACGGGUCCCAGAGGAGAACGAGGCCCUCCUGGAGAGAGGGGUGAAAUUGGACCCAACGGGCUGCAGGGACCUAAAGGAGGUCCAGGUGGACCCGGACCAGACGGACCCAAGGGCAGCUCGGGUCCGGCCGGCGGUGUCGGAGAACCGGGCGGUCCGGGACUCCAGGGGAUGCCUGGAGAGAGGGGGGUACCAGGACCAUCGGGACCCAAAGGAGACACUGGUUCUGUUGGAGAUAAAGGAUCUGAAGGCAAAGCUGGAGCUGACGGUGCGAGGGGACUUCCUGGUUCUGUCGGCCCGGUCGGUCCUGGCGGACCCAACGGAGACAAGGGUGAACCCGGACCGCCGGGGCCGUCGGGGCGCAGAGGCACCAGAGGCAUCGCGGGUUCUACGGGAGAGCCGGGUCCCACCGGCGCUGCUGGCUUCGCCGGGCCUCAAGGUCCGGACGGGCAGCCCGGGGCCAAAGGUGAAGCCGGCGAACCCGGAUUGAAGGGUGAAGGGGGACCACCCGGUCCACAGGGGACGGCCGGGAAGUCUGGAGGACAGGGUCCCGUUGGCGUGACCGGACUGAAAGGAGGAAGAGGGACUCAGGGUCCAGCGGGCUCUGCUGGAUUUCCUGGCUUACCUGGAGGAGUGGGCACACCUGGAUCCCUCGGUGCUGUCGGGGCUGACGGGCCCAUAGGUCCUCCAGGAAAGCGCGGUCCUCCAGGGGUUCGAGGAGAGAACGGCGGUGUGGGGCGUCAGGGUGAAAGUGGAGCUCCGGGUCCCGCGGGUGGUCCUGGGGAGAAAGGAGACUCCGGCGAGGAUGGACCUCCGGGUCCUGAUGGACCUCCGGGACCGGCUGGCACGGCAGGACAGAGAGGUGUGGUGGGACAGCCUGGAAUCAGAGGAGAGAGCGGCAUGCUGGGACUUCCUGGUCCUGCUGGUCCGCCAGGAAAGCCUGGACCUGUUGGGUCUCAGGGGGGCAAAGGGCCAGCUGGUGGGGUGGGAUUACCCGGCUCUACAGGCCCAAGAGGAGAGGCUGGGCCAGAGGGCGUCACUGGAGAAGAGGGGCCUCCGGGCAAAGACGGUCUCGUGGGACAGAGGGGAGACCGGGGAAACAGCGGUCCAGAGGGUCUGGCUGGUGUUCCGGGGUCUCCGGGGACGGAGGGUCCGGUGGGAAUGACAGGCAGUCCGGGACCAGAAGGCGAAAAAGGUGCUAAAGGUCCACCUGGAGCUCCAGGAGGAGCCGGAGUUCGAGGAAAAGUGGGCCCUCAAGGACCACAGGGAGAGAAAGGAGCCGCUGGAAUUCAAGGAGAGAGGGGUCAGAAAGGUCACCGAGGCUUCACCGGACUCCAAGGCCUGCAAGGAAUCACUGGGGCAACGGGAGACGUUGGAGCUGCAGGAUUUGCUGGACCAGCUGGACCCAGGGGGCCUCCAGGAGUGGUGGGACCACCAGGAAAGGAGGGCAACAUGGGACACCCUGGACCGAUGGGCGCUCCGGGCAGCAGAGGAGCCGGCGGAGACAUCGGGGCUCAGGGUCCUCCUGGAGAACCUGGACCUCCAGGUCCUCCGGGGUCUCCAGGGCCCCCUACGGCUGCAGUAGAAGACCUCUUCGCUGGGCUGGUGGAUUAUGACUUCAAAGGUGGCAUCCCAGAGGCUGUGGCGUUCACAGAAGACGACGCCGCCGCCGUCCCUCCCCCUCUUCCCGAGUUCAACAAAGACGAAGCUCUUCCCAACAAGGCGGCGGCAGUCCUGCGCACCGACACUGGCGUGCACGCCACGCUCAAGACCCUCAGCGGACACCUGCAGAACCUCCGGAGCCCCGACGGCAGCAAGAUGAACCCGGCCAAAACCUGCCAGGACAUCCUGCAGUGCUACCCUCAGAAGAAGAGCGGAGAGUACUGGAUCGACCCGAACCAGGGAAGCGCCAAGGACGCCAUCAAGGUCUUCUGCAACAUGGAGACCGGAGAGACCUGCGUGGCUGCCAAUCCGGCCAACGUUCCCCGCAAAGCCUGGUGGACCAAGUCCAGCCCCACUGCCAACAAACCGGUGUGGUUCGGAGCCGACAUGAAUGCUGGAACCAAAUUCCGCUACGGGAACAAGGACGAGCAGCCCAACGCCGUGUCCGUGCAGCUGAAGCUGCUGCAGCUCCUGUCCAAGGAGGCGCACCAGAGCAUCACCUACCACUGCAGGAACAGCGUGGCCCACAGGGACGACAAGAGCGGCAACCUGAAGAGGGCGCUCAUCCUCCGAGGCUCCAACGGCCAGGAGGUGCGAGCGCAAGGGAACCCGCGGCUGCGCUACACCGUCACCGAGGACGGCUGCUCGAAAUCCAACGGGGAGUGGAGCAAGACGGUGAUGGAGUACAGGACUCAGACUCCGGCCCGGCUGCCCGUCGUGGACGUGGCUCCUCUGGACAUUGGAAGAGCCGAUCAGGAGUUCGGCCUGGACAUCGGCCCCGUGUGCUUCUCAUGAGAACAUGCACUCUUUCCCAGUGUAGCAUGGACACACACGCACACACACACAGCCCAGAAAAGAUGGGGAUCUCCCUGAGUGUGUGAGUAGCUGAAGAUAAUUUAUUCACUCAACCAUCGCGUCAUGAUCUGAAGCUGCUAGAAGUGAAGCAUGAAGCCUGCAGGCCACUGAGAGGAGCCACGAACUGGAAAAAUGUGGGAUUUGGGGGGAAAUUUUAGAUAAAACGUGAAGGUUUGCGACCUUUUUAUUCUUUACAGGUGAGAACUUUUAUCCAGUACAUGCACGUGCAGAGAGAGAAAAAAAGUUUAAUUUUAAUAAAAUGAAACAUGCAAAUGGUGCUUGAACCUAAAUUAUUUAAAGUUCUGUGCAGGAACUCCUGUAUUUACUCUUUUUUCGCCUUUUUAAAGCUGUAAAUGCAAAAUAUGACUGUAAAUUGUUGAUUGUUGACUUUGGAUGUGGAAUAAAUGUUAAUUC